AUGGAGACUUCUUUACAGCACCGGUACCCACCAAUGGGUCCUGGGUUUGGAAGGGCAUUUCGAAGGGGAGACACACCAUUAUCUCCAACGCUUCUUGAAGAGUGGGUGACGGCCGUUCAAUUAACAUAUGGUCAGACUGGUGGGUGGGAAACAAUGCCCUUGGGCUUGAUCCAUCGAUAUCCAUCCCGGAGGAGCUGUCUCACUGAGAGGCAAUCUCCAGAGUCAUUCACUAAGGUGCCAAUGAAUGACAUGAACAUGGUGGUCGAUUCCUCUCGUGGUUAUCUAGAAAGAACCUAUCGGUUUUACACGAGAGACAAAGUAUACGAAUUUGGGCAUGGACUAAGCUAUUCAAGCUUUAGUCUUGAACUCUUAUCAUCACCAAGCAGGUUAAGCUUAUCUCAAUCUAUCAAAACAAAAUUGAGAAGGAGCAUUCUAAACCGCGGGGGGAACGAGCCCUAUGUUCAUGUGGAUGAAGUGUCAAACUGUGAUUCAUUGGCAUUCUCUGUGCGGGUUUCUUUGAGGAACGACGGAGGCAUGGAUGGAAGCCAAGUCGUGAUGUUAUUUUCUAGAGAGCCGAGGUCUUAUGCAGGAGCUCCGCAGAAACAAUUGAUUGGAUUCGAUCGAGUCCAUGUGUCUGGCAAUGGAGCAACUGAAACAAGCAUUUCUGUAGAGCCUUGCCAGCAUCUGAGCAUUGUGAAUGUGGAGGGGAGCAGAAUAUUGGGCUUAGGUGAUCAUAUUCUGAGUUUAGAAGAGAUAGAGCAUGUUGUUUUAGUUGAAAUAUGA